AGGUGUGCCAGAUGCCACUCUGCUUGUAGCCCUCUAGUUGUCUUUCGCGAGAUUAUAUUUCAACGAAUCAGCAGUGUGUUUCAGUGUGUUCGGUUACAAACGGCGUCCUGUUCUGUCAAAUUGAAGUUUUGAGUGUGCCGUGAAUGGUCGUGAACCAGUGAAAGUUUCGAACGAUAGACAAACGACGGAAGUGGUCUUUCACUCAGUGGAAUUUAUUGACUCCAGUAGGAAUGAAUUGAUUUCUUAUACGUUCUAUCAGAAGCAUUUACAAUUAUUUGUGUUCGCAACCCUUUAUUUUAUUGGAAUUUGUAACUGGAAGCCAUGGAAGACGAUCUGCCGACUAAGUACGAUGUCAUCGUCGUGGGGACGGGUAUGACUGAGUCCAUCGUCGCAGCUGCCGCAAGUAGAAUCGGUAAAAAAGUCCUUCACCUAGACAGUAAUGAAUAUUAUGGUGGCCUUUGGGCAACAUUCAAUUUCGAUGGUCUACAAAAAUGGAUAGAGGACUUGAAAGUUCCCAAAAACAAUACCAUAGAUGUGUCUGGACUAGAUUUAGAAGAUGGCGAAAAAUUUCUUAAAGCCAGCGAUCAAUAUUCUACUGUCAAAAACAUUGAAGAAACCUGGUACAUUUCAAAUGAAGCUGAUUUGCCAGUGGUAUCCUCGAAAGACACUCAGACUGAUAGUACUGGUGAUGGCACUGGUAGUAGUGAUGAAAAAGCAGAUGGUGAUAAAGUUGAAAAAAAAGAGAAUGUAAAACAGUGGAGUAUAGAUCGUAUAAGAAUGGAAUACAGAAAAUUCAAUAUUGAUCUGGCACCAAAGUUGCUGUUUGCACGAGGCGAACUUGUUGAAUUACUGAUCUCCAGUAAUAUUUCUCGUUAUACGGAAUUUCGAUCAGUAUCCAGAGUGGCUACAUUUAUGGAUGGAAAACUUACACAAGUACCUUGCUCAAGGGCUGAUGUAUUUGCAAAUAAAACUGUUAGUCUUGUCGAGAAAAGAAUGCUCAUGAAACUACUCACUUCUUGCAUGGUGCAGGGUGCUGAUAGUCCAGAGUUUGAUGGAUUCCAGGACAAGACCUUCUUAGAAUACUUAAACACGAAGAAUUUGACACCAAUUGUGCAACAUUACAUUGUUCAGGCAAUUGCAAUGGCCACUGAAAAGACUUCAUGUAGAGAUGGUGUUAAUCGCACAAAGCAUUUUCUGAAUAGUCUUGGUCGAUAUGGAAAUACACCUUUUCUUUGGCCUAUGUAUAGUAGUGGCGAAUUGCCUCAGUGUUUUUGCAGAUUGUGUGCGGUAUUUGGAGGAGUGUAUUGUUUGAAGAGGCAGCUUGAUGGCGUAGUAAUAGAUAACGACAAAUGUAAAGCUAUCAUCAGUGGCAAGCAGAGAUUAACUUUAGAACAUUUGGUUGUUGGUCAAGGUCAUCUACCACCAGAAAUUGUGGCUUUCGAAGGAGAGCAACGGAUAUCACGUGGAGUAUUUAUCACGGACAGGUCAAUUAUGCAAGGUGAAAAAGAGAAUUUGACACUUUUAUAUUAUCCUCCAGAAGAACCCGGUCAAGAACCUAUUACCCUGAUUGAAUUGGGACCAUCUACAAAUGCUUGUCCUCAAGGGCUAUUUAUGGUUCACAUGACAUGCAAGCGAACGACGAAUGCAAAGGAAGACUUGGCUUACGUUGUCAAUAAAUUUUUAAAAGCAGAACCAUUCGAUCCAUCAGCCAUUCGUUCAUCCAUUCAUAGCCAUACACAGACUGUUUCCCCAGAUAAGAGACACCUUCAGGAAGGUAGCGAAACUGACAAAGAAGAGGCUUCGGAGAAUCCAAAGCCACAAGUAUUAUGGUCUUUGUACUUAAAUUUACCCGCAAGUGAUAUUAAGUUAAACGAUUCUGCGCCAAGUAACCUCCACCUCUGUUCAGGUCCGGAUUUGGAACUUGACUUCGACUUUGCAGUCCAUCAGGCAAAAAGCAUUUUCAAGGCUAUGUAUCCCGAAGAAGAUUUCCUUCCGCGAGCACCAGAUCCAGAAGAGAUCGUACUAGAAGAAGCACCAGGACCAAAGUUUGAGGGAGAUAUAGAGGUUGAAGAAAAACAGGAUGUUGAGAAAGCUGAAAAAGAGGAAUAAUUGAUCUUUUAUCGUCUUUUCAACCCGAAAAUAUAGGCCAACUCCCUUAGCCGCACACCUCGUCCUAUCCAAAGUUACACGCGCCUUCUUACGUUUGAUAGUUGGGUAAUUUUUAUUCGAACAAUUGAAGAACUAAUUUUUAUAUAAUAUUGAAUCGUCAUAGACAAUGCUAACGUUACAUCAAGUAAUCUUAAUUUAAAUUAAUCUUUAAAUAAUUCUCCAGUGGUAAAAUAAUUUGAUUUAUAUCUAUAUAAGUGUUCAAAAUAUUAUUUCAUUUAGCACUCUU